AUGCUGUCGCCGACCGAUGAUGACGAGAGCGAGACCCCUUUCCCGACGCUAGACCACCAGCCAACGUUCAGCAGCCUCCUGUCCCCUGACGAUGCCUUCGUGCCCCCUCUAUCGCGUGGCUACGGCGGCGACAGCGCAGCUGAAUCGACUCACUCACGUCUGAGGCGCGUCAAUGAUCGAGGUGGCAGUCGCAGGCGGAAACGGGCUUGGAAGAAGCUCAUGUGGGUGAAGCAGUCGUAUCCGGACAACUACACCGACCAGGCGACAUUUCUCGAGAACCUACAACGAAAUCCGCGACUCAAACCCUAUGACUUCUGGCCCCUGGUGGCAGAUUCCACAGUGAUCCUACAGCAUGUCUGCUCUGUCAUUAUAUUUGUCGUCUGCUUCGCGUGCAUUCAUCGCGAGCGAGUCUCUCCCGUCUCAGUCGUCAGCUGGAGCAGUGCCGGGACAUUUGUAGGAUGGCUAAUGUGGGAGCGAUGGGUAACUGAGGAGGACCAGGUCGAAGAGCUUAAUACGAGUGUCUCGACAUUGGUUGGGAGGAGCGGAAGCCUCAGUAGACGCCGUACCAGAGCUGCGAGCAUACGUCGCCCGACACCGCUCCGGACAGAGGCGAGCCUGUCUGUUGCCGCUCCCUCGGCGCCGCCAUCUAAGCCGCCAUCACGCGAAGGAUCUGCCACCGGUUCAGCAACGAAUCUAAUUACAGGUUCCAAACCCCCUCAGCUGUCCCUGAGAUCGUCCACGACAACCCCAUCCCUCGUCUCCAGGCCUAGCCACGAGAGUCUCAAGACAGAGACCCCUCCUUUUAUCAUAAAAGAUGUAAAUCGGACACACGAACGCCUGGGAACCAUCAAAUCAGCCAUUCUGAUCUAUUGCACCCUCCUUGGGCUCAGCCCUAUACUCAAAUCUCUCACCCAGUCCACCUCUCUCGAUAGCAUAUGGGCCAUGUCUUUUUGGCUUCUAUUCGUCAACAUAUUCUCUUUCGAUUAUUCGGGCGGGGUGAGCACCAAAUUUCCAGCCUCGCUAUCUACCAAUGCCGCCUUGAUGGCAUCUACGGUCCUGGCAAGCCGUCUUCCAGAUACGAGGCAGGUUUUUAGCCUUACCUUGUUCAGCAUCGAGGUCUUCGGCCUUUUCCCCGUCUUUCGACGUCACGUUAAGCAUCGGAGCUUUCAACAUCAUAUCUGUCUAACCGUUGUCCUCGUUCUCGGUGCUGGCUUGGGCGUGGGGUUGGUGUCCGGGAAGUUACCAAAGGAUCAACCUUGGCCGUGGAAGCGCGGCAUCAUAGGGAUGAUUGUUAGCAUCAUCAUCGCUACUCUGGCCACUGGAGGCUGUAGCUGGUGGCUAAUUGGGUUGCAGAAGUACAAGAAUGAGAUUCGGGGUCCUUGGGACCCUGCCCGACCCAUCAUUAUGAGCAGGCAACAAUGGGACGAUAGAGUGUAG